AUGAAAAUAACACCGACCAUCACUGCCUAUAGAAGUGAAAGAGAUCUAAUACAAUUGAAAAAAUGGUUUUAUGAUUUUACAGCUAAGGAUGAUCAUCGUCAAAAAGCUAUUGAUGCGGUUGGAGCUAUGUUAACAAGAGGUAGAUUACCACAUGGAAUAGAAGCAACAUCAUUAUUAUCAUCAGUCAUAUUAACAGACAUCAAAAAUCCUAAUUUGGAACCAAAUGUUAUACAAUUAUCAUACACUAUGGCUAUUAUACGAUUUGUUAAUGGAAUUAUUGAUCCAUUACAAAAAUCAGUUUAUGCUGUGCCAAUGCAAUUAUUAGCUAGACAAUUAAAUUUACCUACAUCUUUUAUUGAAUUGAGACAUAUGGGAACUCACGAAAAUCUUCCGAGUUUAGAAAUGUUACGAUCAGCAAGUGAGAAUGCAUUAAAUUGGUUAUUCGAUCAUUAUUGGUGCCAUAUACAAGAGGAUAUUGAGGAUGAGAAUCAUCAAGAAGAUGACGUAUUUCUGGAAGUCGUUAACUUUAGAUCUAAUCAAUUUGAAAGACUCAUUGAUGAGUAUCUGAUUUACGAUAAUCUCAAGUUUUUCAAAAAAGAACGUAAGGAUGAUUUGAACUCAUCAUUGGAGACAAAUACUGAUAUUAAAUUUAAAAAAUGUUUGAAAGACAUAAUUGAGUUUGGGAAUUCCGAUCCAGUGCUAUUCAUCGAUAUAUUGAUUAGAAAAUUUUAUAUCAUAUACCCGGAUAAUAAGUUGAAAGCCAAAAAAAUUAAGUACAAUCCAUUAUUGGAGAAACUAUAUACACCCUUGUUUGAUAACUUAAAAGUUGAGUUUCAUUGUAAAUUCAUUGAUAUUGUUUCAAAUUUGGUUGAUGGCAAUGAGGUAAGUGAAGUCAGUAGAAAACUUUACAAAAAAAUUGGACUUCGAAUUAUUUUAACCAAAAGCGAAACUGAUCAGUUACUCGAGUGGACACCUUAUUUCAUUAAAUUCAUCUUCAAAACGCCAUUCUCAAUGAUUCCCAAAACAUUGUGCAAAACACCAACUGAACUUCUUGAUGCCACGGUUAACAAAAUAAGACUGAUCUAUAGACUGGACAAAGCUAUGGAAAGAUUGCUGAAGCAGAUUUUGGAAGUAGCAACAGAGGAAAAUCAUGGCAAGGAGAUGUUGAAUCAAUUAUCAGAGUUGAUAAGGACGUCUGAAGUUUCUGGAACGAAUAAAAAUAUAUUGGAAUUACCUCCAUCGAUUGAUGAUAUAUUGGCUGAAAAAUCUGCUACAAAGAGAUCAGCCGAUGACGAUAGAGAGGAUGAAAUUAAAAAUAAAAGACGUAAAAAUGAAGUGAAUGGUAAAAAUGUUUAUUUGUUAGAGCAGCACGAUGAUUGGAGACCGACUCCUUUCGGAAUGAGUGUCUAG